CAAGAUAGCUAAUGUGACUGUGUGAGCAAAGGCUCUACAAUUUACGCACAUUUUUUUGCCUUGCGUUGCGUCUGAAAUUUGGAGUGUUUUUUCGUUUGCUGUGUUCAGCUCCUUAUGGAGCUCUCACUCUCUCCAACUUCACAUCGUGUUCCUUCCACAAUUCCCACUUUGAAUUUCGCUAAACUAUCAUCCACUAAGGCCACAACGUCCCAACCUUUGUUCUUAGGAUUUUCCAAACACUUCAACUCAAUUGGGUUGAACCAUCACAGUUACAGAUGCUGCUCAAAUGCUGUUCCUAAGAGACCCCAAAGACCCAGUUCCAUAAGGGCCUGCACUGGAGUUGGAGCUGCUGGUUCUGAUCGUCCAUUAGCUGAAAGACUUUUAGAUUUGAAAGAUGCUUGCUGGAGAUUUUUAAGGCCACAUACUAUACGUGGUACAGCACUAGGUUCAUUUGCUUUGGUGGCAAGAGCAUUGAUUGAGAACACGAAUUUGAUAAAGUGGUCUCUUUUGUUCAAAGCUUUCUCUGGUCUUUUUGCCCUGAUUUGUGGGAAUGGUUAUAUAGUUGGCAUCAAUCAAAUCUAUGACAUUAGCAUUGACAAGGUAAACAAACCUUAUUUACCUAUAGCUGCUGGAGAUCUUUCUGUCCAAUCUGCAUGGUUCUUGGUUAUAUUUUUUGCAGCAGCUGGCCUGUCGAUUGCAGGGUUGAACUUUGGGCCUUUCAUUUUUUCUCUUUACACACUUGGCCUUUUCUUGGGAACCAUCUAUUCUGUUCCUCCAUUGAGGAUGAAACGCUUUCCUGUUGCAGCAUUUCUUAUAAUUGCCACGGUACGUGGUUUUCUCCUUAACUUUGGUGUGUACUAUGCCACUAGAGCUUCCCUUGGGCUUGCAUUUGAAUGGAGCUCUCCUGUGGUUUUUAUCACAACAUUUGUAACAUUUUUCGCACUGGUAAUUGCUAUAACAAAAGAUCUUCCUGAUGUUGAAGGUGAUCGCAAGUAUCAGAUAUCAACCUUUGCUACAAAAUUAGGAGUUCGGAACAUUGCUUUCCUUGGUUCUGGAAUUUUGCUGGUGAAUUAUAUUGUUUCUGUUUUGGCAGCAAUUUAUAUGCCUCAGGCUUUCAGGCGUUGGUUACUCAUACCAGCUCAUACAAUUUUUGCAAUAAGCUUGAUUUACCAGGCACGAAUAUUAGAACAAGCAAAUUAUACCAAGAUUACAGAUGACACGAAUCAGUUCAACUACUUAUCAAUACCAUGAACCUCCUCGUCACAUUAGUUAAUAUCACGGCUUAUUGGAUGCAAUAUCAGGAUUCUAUCGAUUCAUAUGGAAUCUGUUCUAUGCUGAGUAUGCAAUAUUUCCUUUCAUAUAGCAAACCUUGCUACUUUUUUCUUGGGAAAAGGUGCAUACGUGCAUAGUUAGAGAGAUCUUUGUUUAUCAAGUGUCAAUUGGUAAACUAGCUAUCAUUAUUUUUUUAAAAUGAGUAUUGUUGUAUAUAAAUGUGAUACUAUUUCCUUUUACUUUGACGUAAUGCCAUUAACAUAUUUCAUAAUGUUACAUUCGCAAUACCUCCAA